AUGAAGUCACCAGAAGCAGCUGCUAACUCAGUGACAUUUACACUAGUUAAUGAUUCUUACUACAUCAGAUCAUUAUACCGGCAGAAGUCAGCGAUAUUUGAUCCUGCUCUGACAACAACUAAAGCAGCUGCAGAACCACAAAUUGCUACAGCAGCACGAUCAAAUUCAGUAAAAACUGCAGCACCAGCAAAACCAGCAACAUCUGAACCAGCUCAAGCAACAAAACCAAUCACAGCAGCAGCACAAGCAACAGAAGCAGAAAUGGUGUCAACAACUGUAGCAGUUCCACUACAGUCACUGGCAGAAAAGAGGAGGGAAACCACAGGCAUCAGUAAUUACAGGGCAAAACCAACAGAUACUACAACAACAGAUCCACCACCAACAGAAACAGUGCCAAUAAAAGAAUCAAAGGCAGCAACAGCACGAAGAAUCCUGUCAGCACCACCACAUCCACUACCACUACCACCACCACCAGCACCACCACCACCUCCGGCCACAGAAGCACCAGCAGCAACAAAACCAUCAACAACAGUUGCAGCAACACAUCACUGCCUAAGGAGGAGUUAA